AUGGAUGUGAAGAAGUACUGGUUUGGUUCAAGAAGUCAAAGGACACAAGACAUCAAGUUAGGCCGGAGCUACACAAAACCUCACAAAGAUGGCACAAAAACAGUGUGGCAGAUGCUUUGGAGAAAACUGAAAACAUCAGCAGAUAAGAAGAGAGUAUUCAGUUCUCCAACUUCAAUGGAGGGUGUUUAUGAUCCACAAACAUACUCAAUGAACUUUGAUCAAGGAAUGGGAUGGAUGGAGCCAGACAACCUCCCUCGUUCCUUCUCAGCUCGCUUUGCCGAUCCAUCUAGGAUCUUACCACCAAAACAUUUGUUAGAUUGA